AUUCUAUAAAAUGAGCGAAGAUAAUGAGAUUCUAAAGAUAAAAUCUUAUGAAAUUUAUUUGAAAAAAGAAAUUGGAAGAGGAUAGUUUGGAAUUGUUUAUUAAUGUAAAGACAGUGCUAAACCAGAAUUGAAAUUAUGUGCUAAAGUACAUAUAUAAUAAAUACAAAGAUUAUUAAAGAUAAGUUAGAUGAUCCAAAAACAAAAAGAGAGAUUGAACUAAUGAAAAUGAUAAUGAAAUGUGCAGAACUAAAUCAAAAUAUAGUAAGAGUGGAAUAUGUAGAAUUUAACGAUGAGAGGAUAGUAUUAAUUUUGGAAAAAUGUGAAAAUGAUUUGUAAUGGAUAAUAGAUUAAAAAAAAAAGAAAGAAAACAAGAAUUUAACUCCAAGCGAAGCAUUAAAUGUCUUAAAACAAAUUGUAAAUGGUUACAAAGUGCUUUAUUCAAAUAAUAUCAUACAUAGAGAUUUAAAACCAGCAAAUAUAUUAGUAUUAGAAGGAGUAUAUAAAGUAUUAAAAAAUAAUAUAUAAUAGAUUGCAGAUUUAGGAUUGGCUAGAGUUUUGGAAAGAAAUGCAGAUUAGACAAUAACAAAAGUAGGUACUCCAAAAUAUGUGGCACCUUAAUUAUAUUUAGAAAAUUACUUUUCUAAUUAAGCUGAUAUAUUUUCAGUAAUAUCUUAUUAAUAUAAUAAGUUAGGAAUCAUAACAUAUGAAUUAAUAUUUGGAAGAUUACCUUAUGAGGCAAAAAACUAAGUACAAAUUAAGAGAGCUUUAAGAAACUUAGAAAAAAACCCAGUUCAAGUGGAUAGAUAUGUGGAUGGAGUAAGAAUUUAUUAAAUCUUAGAUGACAGAAGAAUUUGCUGAACUAAUUGAAUAUAUGCUUAAAUUUAAAGAAAAUGAAAGAAUAAGUUGGGAAUAAUUAUUUAAACAUCCUUUAAUUUAAGAGGGAUCUAAUAAAGUAGUAAAUGAAUCAGGGUAAAUAAAUUAAAUAUAAUUAAAGUCUUAUUAAAGAUAUUCCAGAUGAUGAUGAAGAAGAAGAAGAUGAAGAAACUGCUGCUAUUUAAGAACCAUAAAAAUAACCUGGUAUUCAAAUUUCAGAAUAACAAUAAUAAUAAUAAUAAUAAUAACAAUAAUAAUAAUAACAAUAAUAAUAAUAAUAAUAAUAAUAAUAAUAACCUAUUUAAAAAUAAAAUUACCCUAUUCAGUAGUUCCAACCAUUUUAACCUCAAUAAAUUCCAUAAUCUGCAAUCCAAUUUUAAAAUAAACCAGGAAUGUUUUAAUAAGGUUCCCAAUUUUAGCCCACAACUAACAAUAAAUUUGCUCCUAUUCCACAAUAAACUUCUUCUAUAUAUCAAUAAGGUGGUACUUACCCAAACUCUGUAGGUCAACCAUCUGGGACUUUCCCAAGAUUAGCCACAACUGUUAAUACAAAUUCUGUAAAUCCAAGUCCAAUUAAUCCAAAUGCAGCUAAAUUUAUUCCUAAUGCUGGAUUACCCUAGCAGUUUUAAUAGUGUGUAGGACCAUCUGAUUAAUUAUAUUAAUCAGGAGUUUUAAUGGACUAAACAUUAGAAUUGUUAGAAAAAUUUAUGUAAGAAUUAUUUUAUACUUUAGAAACAUGCAAUUGUAAUUGAGAUCUGAAUAUUUUGGAUUUAAAUUAUAUCUUCAUUGUUUAGCACAAUGUUUCUUUGAACACUCAAAGGCUUUAAAAUAGAAAAAUUAAUAAAAUAGUGCACAAAGUCUUUAUUCUCUUCAAACUGUUGAAUAUGAAAUUUAGAAAUAAAAUAAAAUUCAUUAAGUAUUAAGCCAAGAAAUUGCAUCUUAUAAUUUAGCUGUAGCUUAUCCUGUAAAUAAUAUUGAUGCAGAAUAUUUUAAUUAUUUCUAAAAAUUAAAUAAGGUUGGAUAAGUUAAAGAUUUAUUCCAUUAUGGAUCUGAAAAAAAGUUUUUCAUAGAAUAUUUACAGUAAAUAUUAUAUUAAACUAUAAAGAUUAUUAUAUUCUUUGGAAAGAAUAAAAGAAAUUACUCAAACUUAAUAUCAAGAGAUUUAUUCUUAAAUAAUAGAUAUAAAUAAAAAUUUAAGUUAAUAAUAGGUAAUGGUAGAAUUUCUAAAAAAUAAAUUUAACAAAUGA